UGCAAUAUUGUAAGUGUAACUGGAUCUCGCGAGAUCUCUGCCGACUACAGGGACCCAAACAGGAACAUGGCAUCGGUGUACGGUGGAAUAGAAGGUGGAGGGACUCACUCCAGGGCUGUGCUGCUGUCAGGAGAUGGGAAGGUGCUGGGAGAGGCAGUGGGACCCUCCACCAACCACUGGUUGAUCGGGGUGGAUAAAUGUCUUGAAACCAUCAAUGAAAUGGUCCAUAAAGCAAAGAUCACCGCAGGACUGGAUCCAAACACGCCGCUACGCUGUCUGGGUAUGUCUCUGAGUGGGGGUGAGCAGAAAGACGCCAUCGACAAGCUGAUUGCUGUGAUGAAGGAGCGGUUUCCACAUCUCAGCGAGCAUUACUUCAUCACCACAGACGCCAUUGGUGCCAUGGCAACGGCAAGUGAUCAAGGAGGCGUAGUUCUCAUAUCCGGGACCGGCUCCAACUGCAAGCUGGUCAACCCUGACGGCUCCCAGGUCGGCUGCGGAGGCUGGGGUCACCUGAUGGGAGAUGAAGGAUCAGCGUUCUGGAUCGCUCAUUCGGUUGUGAAGACGGUGUUUGAUGCCAAAGACAACCUGGUGGCGCCGCCGCAUGACGUCGCACAUGUUAGGAAAGCCAUGGAGGAGUACUUCCAGGUGUCAGAUCUGAUGGGCAUGCUGCCACAUCUGUACAGAAACUUCCAGAAAUCAUUCUUUGCUGGCUUCUGCUUGAAGCUGGCUGAAGGUGCAGAAGCUGGAGAUGCUCUGUGUCAGCACGUGUUUGCCGAGGCAGGCAGAGUCCUGGCUAAACACGUAGCUGCAGUCCUGCCUGCAGUACAAGAGCCUUUACUGAGCGGUGAACUGGGCCUGCCCAUCCUGUGCGUGGGCUCCGUCUGGAAGAGCUGGUCUCUGCUGAAGCCAGGGUUCACAGAGGUUUUGGAAAAGGCAGCGUCGUCUGAGAAGUUGAAGGGUCGUUUCCGUGGCUACAGCCUCCUGAUUUUGCAGCAGUCGUCGGCCCUCGGAGGGGCCAGUCUCGGUGCUCAGCUUUUCGGCUUCUCCGUCAACAUGGAUUAUGGCGCCAACGCUAAAAUCUCCUUUCAACACUUCUUCAGCAGCAGCAGCCAGUGACAACAAAGGCCACUUUAUGAUUUUUACAGUUCAUUCCUCUUUUUCCAAUCACAUUGACUUUAAAUCAGGUAAAAGUCAGGACUUGCACAUGAUUUCACAAGAUCCAACCUGCAAAUGAAGAGAUUUACUUGGCAGCUUCUGUAGCAACAGCUGAAAUGUUUUUUUAUUGAACUGUCAAACUUUUUUCUUUACUUUUGAUGAUUCAUUUGCACCUUGGCUUUAUAAUAACAGUGUUGGUGAUUUUACAGACGGUUUGAGUGCAGGCAUGUAGAGAGACAUUCGGCCCUCUAGGUUCAGCAAUUAAAAACAAUUAGAUUUCACAUAAUCAACACAUGAAGUCACCAGGCAAAAACACGUGCUAUUAACUUUGUAUAAGACUUCACAUUGAUUCAUAAUCUUUACACAGUUCUUAUGAAAGCAAAUUUGCAAUAAAUAUGAAUGGAAUCGAUUGAUUAUA